AUGCUUCCUGAACCUGUGACAUGCCGGAGGCUGCCCCUGGCCGUGAGUCAGAUGUGUUUGAUGGAAAAACUUGUCGAGCAUGCGAACCUCAUCGGUCUCCUUUCUCAGCAGAGGACGCACGAGGAGCCAAAGGCAACUGAAAGAGAUGUCCUGGGUGAUUCCCAGGACGCUUGGCGAAAGGAGAUCGUGAAUAUACAAAUCUAUCAGACCGCCCUCGUUGUGAAUGAGAACUCCUGCGAGGGCGGUGGUAUUGAGAAGCGCGUUGGGUGUCGCGUUUCUCUCAAAUCACCGCACUAUGAAGUUCACCUGCGAAACCAAAUCACGGGUCUCAUCGCCAGACGAGAACAAGACUUCAUCAACUUCAUCAGCAUUUUGCUCUCUAUUCGAUUGAAAACCAGUGUGGAUAGAACAGGAUGGAGUCCAAUCAAGGAUCCGACGCUUUUGAAGGAGAUCAAGGUCAGCUCUGGUGACCAGAAUAACCCUCCACCGUCGCCCCUUUUCUUCGCACAACCCCUGAACUUCAUCGAUAUCCUUGGUGGUGAUGACGAACAGCCAAAUUUCGACAAUGACGAUAGCAUGGCUAUUGACCAGUCGUUCUCUGAAUCGUUGGAAGAAGAGACAUACGAUGACCCACUAGCCUCAGACUUUCCAGACGACGAUGAUGAGUUGUUUGGCACGAGACCAGAUGACCCUUGGGAGGACUUUCUCAGACCAACUCAAUCCGAUCCACAAAACACCUCAUUCAACAGCGUUGGUCAAAGUGAAAUACUCACUACUGAGAAUCACGACAUUGGAUCCAGUCAUUUUUGGGAAGAAGAUUCUACACAGCCAGGUCCUUCCAAUCGACCGAAUACCACACACAACGGCAGAGUUGACCAGAUUGGCACAUCAAGCCGUCAGAACACUUCUUUUGGAGAGACCACUUCAGACUAUGGAUUUUCUCAGCCUAGUCCACCUCACCGUCGACCGACCCCUUUCCUCAAGAUCUCCAACAGUGGUCAUGCAGAGGUCAUUUCUUCCGGCAAUCCUGCCGUUGUUGGCACGAUGGAUGCCACGAACCAAGCGGGAACAGGUCCCACCAUGUCUGAGAAACGACGUGGCAAGCAACCGGUCUAUGACCCUCCUGUUCCCGCUGUGGCUCCUGCCCAGCCUUUCGCCUCUCGCCCUCCCCCCGCCCUUCCUCCUGCGACCCCGGCUUGGGCCCGCGGCGGCCGUCCUGCCUUCCCCGACGUCGCCGCCAUCCUCGAAGGCCUCAAGAGGGCCCCUGACGCCGCGCGGGCGCCAGGGCCCCGCCACCGCCGCAUCCUCCUCGAGGACGCCCGCCGAUACGGCAGGGACCUCGUCUCGCUGACGCGCGAGGUCGGCUCGGUCAAGACCCGCGUCCUCGAGGCGAUAGGCCGGGUCAAGGCCCGCCUCUCGGCCAUGUGGAGGUUCUUCGAGGACCUCAAGAGGAGGGGUCUCCGCGGCGGCCACGCCCGCAAGCUCCGGGCUUCGGGCAAGCAGUACAAGUCCUUCAGGGACAUGACGCCGUCGGAGAACACCCGGCGCCGGGAGGUCGAGGCCCGCGACCUCGCCGGUCGCCGCAAGAUCGACGGCCUCCGGGACCUCCUGGACCUGGUUCUCGAGUGCGAGGAGGCGCUCAAGGUCCAGGUGGGCCUCUGCAACGAGAUCUUCCGCCGGGCCGGGGUGAUCUCGUGCACCGGGGUCGCCCCGGAGGGGACGGUGGCCGCCCGGGAGGCCCUUCGCGGCGCCCUCGCACGCUCCUUGGAGGGGCUGAAAAAGGUCCAACAAAUCGGGCCAAUGCUGGAGACCUUUUUGGUCGAGUUCCGCGGCUAG